UUGAAGAACAUCUUCAGAAUUCUAGAGUACAUGGAAGGCAUAAAGGAAGUCUUGCCAGAGAGAAACCCUAUGAAUAUAUUCAAUGUGAUAAAGCCUCUACAGUUCACAGUGGUCUUCAAAGGCCUGAAAGUGUUCAUUCUGCAGAGAAACCGUAUCAAUGAAACCCCUAUGAAUGUGAUAAAUGUGAUAAUGCCUUUUCAAAAAAGAGUAAUCUCCAACAGCAAAAAAAGUCACAUUCUGGAGAGAAAGCCUAUGAAUGUAAUGAAUGUGGUAAAGCCUUUUCACAACAAAGUCAUCUCCAAAACCAUAAAAGGACACAUUCUGGAGAGAAACCCUGUGAAUGUAAUCAAUGUGGUAAAGCCUUUUCACAGCAGAGUCAUCUCCAAAAACAUAAAAGAACACAUUCUGGAGAGAAACCCUAUGAAUGUACUGAUUGUGGCAAAGCCUUUUCACAGCACAGUAUUCUCCAAAUACAUAAAAGAACACAUUCUGGAGAGAAACCCUAUGAAUGUAAUGAAUGUGGUAAAGCCUUUUCAUGGAACAGUACUCUCCAAAUACAUAAAAGGACACAUUCUGCAGAGAAACCCUAUGAAUGUAAUCAAUGUGGUAAAGCCUAUUCACAACAAAGUCAUCUCCAAUAUCAUAAAUGGACACAUUCUGGAGAGAAACCCUAUCAAUGUAAUCAAUGUGGUAAAGCCUUUUCACGACAGACUCAUCUCCAGAGACAUAAAAGAACACAUUCAGGAGAGAAACCCUAUGAAUGUAAUGAAUGUGGUAAAGCCUUUUCAGAACACAGUGUUCUGCAAAAUCAUAAAAGAACACAUUCUGGAGAGAAACCCUAUGAAUGUAAUCAGUGUGGUAAAGCCUUUUCAGAACACAGUUAUCUCCGAAAACAUAAAAGAACACAUUCUGGAGAGAAACCCUAUGAAUGUAAUGAAUGUGGUAAAGCCUUUUCAAUGCACAGUAAUCUCCAAAAGCAUAAAAGAACUCAUACUGGAGAGAAACCCUAUGAAAGUAAUGAAUGUGGCAAAGCCUUUUCACGGCACAGUAAUCUCCAAAUACAUAAAAGAACACAUUCGGGAGAGAAACCCUAUGAAUGUAAUGAAUGUG